UAUUUCUCAACAAAACUCUGCAUCCUUAAAAUGCCAAUUUAGUUGCGAAACGGUUCCAGUCAUUAGCAACUACGGCGUAUCUGGAGUUUCAGAUUUCAAAGAAUGCCGAUUUGUGAUGGCUGGAGGAGUAUAGAAAUAAAGCCCGGGAAUAGAGGCCACUUCAAGCAGGAGAAUUCGUCUCAAUCACUCUGGCAAUAAGUUGUGCAGUGAAAUCGAUGUUUCUAGUACCGUUACAAGAGAAAAAGGGUGUCUGAAAAAUGAGGAUCAAUAUUCCCUGUGUUAUUAUAAAAAUAUUAAUUAAACGGUUGGAUUAUAUAAAGUCUCUGUCCAUAUCUGUAUACUCUUAUCAGGUUGCCUUGUUUGAUUUGCCACUUUGUGAUUUCUAAAGCAGAAGAAUGUUAUACUCUGGCUCUGGUUGCCAUGGCAACUGUAGUGUCGAUUUGAGUAAUUCAUGAAAUGCCGCAUAGCAUCGAUGUCUACUAAUAUCUUUCAUGGUACGGGUUUAUUAGCGGAUAAUCUGCCUAACAAUUUCCUAUCAAUGGUGCCUUAUACAUUAUUCCCUGCAUAAAGCUAUACAUUCGGAGGCAGACAGCCUCUUAAUGGUGAUUACAUUUAAGUAGCCCUGACGUUCUUACGGUUCCUACGGACGUCAGCGUAUCGAUUUUCUAAGAUUCUAUGGAAACAGUGACGUAAGAAAUGACGCAAAUAUACGAAACAUGGCGCGGCUACCAACUCUUGGAGAAGAGUCUACGUAAACCUGAUAGUAUAUACUAUUCCGACAAACGUAGAUACCGAUUUCUACUUUUGAUUGCCGUAUUCUUGAACGUUGGAAGAUGUCAACGACGCCAAGGAAAGACGUUGUCAGAUCUGACCAGGUGACAUGGGUGAUCCAUAGUUGCAAGAGGGGGAACUCCGAUGUCGUCAAAUACCCCAGUGACGUUACUGCAACGAAGCAGUCGUGCAUUGACGGACAGCGGUAUUACAAGCACACUGGAAAUUAUCUAUGAGCCAAUAGUAGCACCGCCAUAUAGCAGACUAAUUACUAGGAAUGCAUAUUGUAAUGCAGUGACGUCAGGGAUGACGCUGCUCUACGUCACUCACGGUUCCCCGGGACCUGCCUUACGAUGAUAGUGAAAUAUAUACUAACCAUGUUUCAAUUUGCCCUGAGAAUUGUAACGUUGAGCACGAAGACGGACGGUGUGUGGUGGGCAAUACAUUCAUGCGUUAUCAGAACACCGAGUGGAUUACAGGAGCUGAUAGUGAACUGGAAUCGGGAGGUUGGGUCAGGGCAUACGGCACUUCACCCCCCAAGCCAGCACUAUCACCAGAACUGCCACUUGCGACAAACACAACCAACAGGCUGUCUUCAGCGGAAGCAUUGACGCCCCACUCGGCGAGUACCGGAACUAUUUUACCCAACAACAGCUCCGAUACGACAGCAAUGUUGGUUCUACAGGCGCAGACGACCUUCAACUCAAGCUUGCCCAAUGUGGAGAACUUGACGUCGUCAGCCUAUUGUGUUAAUAGCAUCAAUAAUAUGGGAGGCGAGAGUUAUCAGACAGCGUCGUUUCCACAGCAGUACCCAAGCGAGGGAAGUUUCACCAGCGGAACACCGCCGUGUGAGUCCUACCAACAGACAUUUGAAAAUCCCAUGCAGGGCACUCAAUCUUAUUCCACCACCAACUCCUUGCCAAGCUUUCAAGACACUUAUACCAGUCAGUCGUUCAUGUAUGACAGCAACGAGUGUUUAUCGGAGCGUCCCGCCCAAGGCAACAGUCCCACUCAGUCUGAUAAGGAACCUAACGUCAUAAUGCACUAUCAGGGACAUUAUCAAAAAUAUCCUAUUGACAAUGUGCCUAAUUAUUUUAAACAAGGCUUGCCUUUUGGCGGCGAGGGACAAGAACAAGGGGAAUUCUUCCAGAAACGAGAAGCCCCGGAUUAUAGUAACAGCUCAUGCGCAGGAUUCCAAGCGGGCUUUAUAGAACCUAAGAUCUCACAGUUUGCAGGUCAGCAAAUGUUCCCCGGGGAUGCAUACCAAGGCUACCAGGCUGGGAUGUUCGAACAAGACUUUAAGCUGUCACAAGAGUCAGGGUUUCAAGGCGGUGUACCAUAUCGAGCUGAUCUGAACGUCCAGAUUGCCCGUCAGCCAUUCUCAGGGCGCCGAUCCUCGAUGAAUCUCAACAGCCCGCUCACGCCGGACUCGAGCAUGGAUAUGGCCAAGUACAGCAACCUUCACUCCCCCGGGACUUCCCCCACCCCCACCUCAACCCGUUCCUCCCCCUCCAGAGAGAUGCCCGUCAAAGAGGGCCAGCUUUGUGCUGUUUGCGGAGACAACGCCGCCUGUCAACAUUAUGGGGUCAGAACUUGCGAGGGCUGUAAAGGAUUUUUUAAGAGAACUGUACAAAAGAACGCCAAAUACGUUUGUUUAGCUGACAAGAAUUGCCCAGUGGACAAACGGCGGCGAAAUAGAUGUCAGUUCUGUCGCUUUCAAAAAUGCAUGGCUACUGGGAUGGUGAAGGAGGUAGUGAGAACAGCAGGGUUGAAGGGAAGACGAGGGAGGUUGCCAUCUAAGCCCAAGAGUCCUCAGGAGUCACCUCCAUCUCCACCAGUCAGCCUAAUCACCUCUUUAGUCCGCGCCCACGUUGAUACUGCCCCCGAUAUACCCAACCUAGACUACUCCAAGUUCAAAUCUGGUGACUUGGAGACUAUCGACAACAGUCAAGGUGAUAUGAUCCAACAAUUCUACGAAAUCCUCAUUGCCUGUCUGGACGUCAUCAAAGUUUGGGCUGAAAAGAUUCCCGGAUUUACAGAGCUAUGUGCGGAAGACCAGGAGCUGCUGUUCCAAUCAGCGUCUCUAGAGCUGUUCAUAUUGCGAGUUGCAUACAGGGUACAGCCGAAUGAUGACCGAAUUGUAUUCUGCAAUGGCCAAGUGCUGCAUAGACAUCAAUGUUUGAAAACAUUUGGUGACUGGAUCAACUCAAUCUUUGAGUUUGGAUUGAAUCUCCACCGAAUGCCCCUAGAUAUCUCAUCGUUGUCAUGUAUGGCUGCUCUCACCAUGGUUACCCAGCGCCAUGGUCUCAAAGAGCCGAAGAAGAUGGAAGAACUACAGAUGAAACUCAUAGACUGUUUAAGAGAUCAUUGUACCUAUAAUAGUCAGGCUCAGAAGGUGUCAAACUUCUUCUCUCGAAUACUGGGCAAAAUUCCAGACCUAAGAUCGCUCAGUAGGGAGGGUUUACAGAGACUAUAUUUUCACAAACUUGAGGCAGUAACCCCAGUACCUCUAUUUCUAGAAACUCUCUUUUUGAACAGUCAGCUACCAUUCUGAAGUAAGGACUCACAUUGGCUGUGUUUAAUAUAGUAUAUUAUAGCAAGUCAUUACCCACCGAAUCUUGAUGAGUCCGGUGAAUGGGUCAAGGUCAAAGAGGCCCGAAUACAGUAGUGCCAUCUAUAGAAAUUCAAGUUGUGUUCACUUGCUCAGACUAGGGUGAAAAUUUGGAGUGAAAAUAAAAACGUGAUGUAAUGUACGAGAUAUUGUAAGUAAACACAUUGUGUGACAUUUUAGCUCAAUUCAGUCAAUACACAUAUAUAGCGUGCAGUUUGUUUAAUGUUAAACGUGGUUCUAUAUAUAUGCAUGUAACAUUUACCUGUUGUAGCUGCUUUUGAUAAGCCACAUGUUAAAUUAACGAUAUUGUACCGGAGGUUUCCAUCAAAUAGACCAUGGUCUUAUAGCUGGAAAAUGUUGGAUUAAUACAUCAUCCAUACACCUGGCCUUAAACAAGAUGUUCUACAACAAUCAGUAUUUAUGGUUGAUUGUAUUGGUACUGCUCUUUUUGAGACGGGGAGUAAUUCUUUUUUAAAUGGUACUGUAUUGUUGGAGGUCCCCGGUAAUGUGCAAUUUAGAAUAGAUGGUGCUUCCAGAGAAUACGGAGCAAAUCCCGUCUCUGACGCUUUUAAUUUCCAUUUGUUGUUGUUACUACACAAUUGAGGAUCAUGUGUUCAUAAUUAAUUAUAUAUGUAAAGUGGUGUACAUAUAUGAUACUUCUGUACAUGUAUUGCUUUAAGUAGAGCUGAAAUAUGUAUUUCCGACAUUCAAAAUAUUAUUUCUUCGCAGAGCACUGCGCUGGGAAUAAUUGUGAGUAAAUAUUAUGGAUGCUGGAAGAAUAUAAUUUAUUUGUAAUAUGUGACUGUGAUGCAAUUUGUGUUGUAGACCUAUAUGUUAGGACGUCAAUUAAUUUUAAUCUGAAAUACAAGGUGGUUUAAUAAAUAUGUUUUUAAAUAGCAAUUUAAAUAGGAAUACGACAAGAAAUAGAAAUACCUUAUUGUUAUUGUAACGAAAAUAGUGUUCAACGUCUCCGCAUUUUUUAUACUGUCUCUAAAAUUGUUGUUCAAUGUUUGUUGUCUCUUUCAUAAAGUAAUGGAAAAAUAUAGGUGUAAAUUCAAAAUUUAAUUUGUUAGGCGUUCUAAAUGCCCAUAUUAAGUAUACCGCCUUGUAUAUAGCCUGCGAGUACGAUUUUUCACGGAGGCACCUCAUACCUGAAGGUUGUAAUAAUUAACCUUUGAAUAUUCGUAUUGUAGAUUAGGAAAGAUAGCAAGUGAAUCAGGGAUCUGAAUAGAGAAAUUAGUGUUUAUAAUUGUAGGUAUUUAUGACUGAAAA